UUGAUCAAGGCAAGAUUUUUUUUUUCUUAUGUUCUGGCGCUGAUGUUUAAAUUGUAUUGGAACUGGUCGUGUUUUGUUCCAUGACGACGGGAGAAUUUACAAUCAUAUAGCACAUUGGUUUCCCCCUAUCGGUUAUCUAUUUCUAAUCCACCCCAAAGUUGGCUUUUCCUUUUGUAAAAGUGGCUUUCCCCUGGACUUUGAACCGGAGAACGAGAGAGACGGAGUAUAGAGAGAGAACGAGAGAGACAGAGUGCAGAGAGGAUAGAUGGCUUAUGCAGUAGGUGUAGGCGGUGGUGGAAAUCAAGGAGUAGUAGGAGGUUCAAUGCCAAAAAGGCAAGUGAAGUUAGAGAAGGAGUGUGAGUUCAGGAUUGAAGUAGGAGAAACACCUCUUCGCCUGAGACUCGUUUCUGGAACUGCUGAAGUUUUUGGAACUGAAUUACCUCCAGAAAUUUGGCUCACAUUUCAUCCCAGACUCAAAUUCGCUGUUUUUACGUGGUAUGGUGCCACCCUUGAGAUUGAUGGAACUACUGAAACUGAUUAUACUGCCGAUGAGACGCCUAUGAUUACCUACAUAAAUGUUCAUGCUGUACUGGAGGGACGAAGAAAGCGUGCUAAAGCAUCGUCAACCACUAACCCUGAUUCUUCACAGGGCCCCAGGGUGAUGGUUGUAGGACCCACAGAUUCUGGGAAGAGUACUUUGUCGCGCAUGCUGCUUAGUUGGGCAGCUAAACAAGGUUGGAAACCCACUUUUGUUGACUUGGAUAUUGGUCAGGGAGCUAUAACUAUUCCUGGAUGCAUUGCUGCUACCCCUGUUGAAAUGCCCAUAGAUCCCAUUGAAGGAAUUCCUCUUGAAAUGCCCCUUGUUCACUAUUUUGGCCACACAACACCAAGUGUCAAUGUGGAACUAUACAAAGUGCUUGUGAAGGAGCUUUCUCUGACACUCGAGAGGCAAUUUACUGGCAAUUCCGAAGCUCGAGCUGCAGGCAUGGUUAUUAACACCAUGGGAUGGGUAGAAGGUGUCGGUUACGAGUUGCUUCUUCAAGCAAUUGACGCAUUCAGUGUUACUGUUGUUCUAGUUAUUGGUCAGGAAAAACUUUGCAGCAUGCUUAAGGACGUGUUAAAGAACAAGCCGAAUGUGGAUGUUGUGAAACUUCAAAAAUCAGGUGGUGUUGUGUCUCGAAAUCCGAAGCUUCGGCAGAAAUCCAGGAGCUACAAGAUAAGGGAAUACUUCUACGGCAUUGGAAAUGAACUUGCUCCACACUCCAAUAUUGCAAGUUUUAGUGAUCUAUCCGUAUAUCGAAUUGGUGGUGGACCUCAGGCACCGCGGUCAGCUCUCCCCAUUGGUGCAGAGCCUACAGCAGAUCCUACAAGACUAGUUCCCGUCAACAUCAAUCAUGACCUGCUACAUUUAGUUCUUGCCAUUUCAUAUGCUAAAGAAGCAGAUGAAGUUAUCUCAAGUAACGUUGCAGGGUUCAUCUACGUCACAGACGUUGACGUUCAAAGGAAGAAAAUAACAUACCUUGCUCCAGCAGCGGGGGAUCUCCCAAGCAAAUUUUUGAUAGUAGGAUCUUUGACAUGGGUUGAGACUUGAUGUUUCUAAUAACAGUUAGCUGUUACAGAUGUACUUUUAAGUUCUAGAACCCACUGCUAAUGUUAAUUGCUUAUGAUAUUUAUUAGUUUUUGUCUGAAGAGUUUUUAACUUUGUAGAGAAGAAAUACAGCAUGAAGUUUGAUUUCUUGAUAAUCUACCUUGCUUCAUCUGAA